AUGAUACAGGAGUGGGAUUAUGAUGUUGAUAGAUUUUCUUUCGAGGACAGCGAUAGAUUUGAGGAAGAUUCAUUAUGCUCAUGGAUCAGUGAACCUGAAAGUCUUUGCAACAACUGGCGAGGUUGGAAGAGGCAAAAUGGUGGUCAGACCAUUCUAUGUAGUCGUUCACCAGACAAAGUUACACCAUUGGUUGAAUUAUCGGCCAUAGCUGUUGCCUGUCAUCUACCAUUUGAGGUGGUUGAACAUUACCCAGAACCAAUUCCAGAAUGGCUUCAACUUAGAAUAGCUUUCUGGAGCUUCCCUGAAAAUGAGGAGGAUAUCAGAUUAUAUUCCUGUUUAUCUAAUGGCAGUGCAGAUGAAUUUACCAAAGGAGAACAUCUAUAUAAAAGUAAGGCAGUUAAAGAAGUCAUACAAAUUGGAUUUCAUCUGAGUGCUACCAUAUUACCACCUCAAUCAUUGAACCAGGCCCAGGGUAAUAAAGCUUGUAGUGUAGCUGUAGUAUUUGACAGAAGAAGAAUAACUCUGUGUAAUUGUAACUGUGAAAGUCAGGCAUACUGGUGUUCUCAUGUUGUAGCUGUUUGUUUAUAUAGAAUACAUCAGGCUAAUUCAGUAUGUUUACGAGCACCAGUAUCAGAAUCUUUAUCCAGAUUACAUCGAGAUCAGUUACAGAAGUUUGCUCAGUAUUUAAUCAGUGCAUUACCACAACAGAUUUUACCAACAGCACAGAAAUUAUUGGAUCAACUUUUAUCUUCACAAGAAACAGCUAUAAAUACAGUUUAUGGUGCACCAGAUCCUACUGCUGGACCACCAGCUAGUGAACAGACAUCCUGGUCUCUAGAUGAAUCAACAUUACAUGAAAAUAUCAAUAAAACUCUAGUCAAAUUCUGUGUACCUGCUCCUAUGGUUUUCAGUGAUGUGAACUAUUUAUCAGCUAGUGCCCCACCAGCAGCUGCUGAAUGGCAGAGUCUCUUACGUCCAUUACGGGGUAGAGAACCAGAAGGAAUGUGGAAUUUAUUAUCAAUAGUUAGAGAGAUGUUCAGACGUCAUGACAGUAAUUCUGUACCAUUGUUAGAAAUUGUUACUGAUGAGGUUCUUCAGUGUGAACAGAUUUUAAUCUGGUGGUUCACAACGAAAUCUUCUGCACCAAAUAAUAGUUGUGUUGUACAUAUUACUAGAAGUGGUAAUAGUUCAGCUAAUGCCACUCAGCAUGCUGCUGCUAGUCUUUGUGAAGAGAUAGUGACUCUAUGGAGAUUAGGAGCUUUAAAUCCUAAACUUUCACCUAUACAAAGAGAUGAUCUAUGCACUAAGUUUAAAGACUGGCAUAUAGCUACUAUUGAGAAAGUACGAAAAGCUCGUAGUUCUAGUAAUAAUAGUAGUGGUAAUGUUAAAAAGAAUGAUAUAGAAAACUUUCCAGGGUUUAAACCAGCAAUUGAAGCUUGUCAUUUAACAUGGGAAGAUUAUCCAAUACGUGGUGUGACUUAUUGUGAUAAGGAAGGAUCACGAUGGGUUUAUCAUUUUAGUUGUAAAGGAUCAGAGAAAACCUCUAGAAUACAACCAAUGACUAUCUGUUCACGUGACAUUAUUAGUACAGAUAACUCCUCACAUGCUGCUCAUACUAAACGAUCUCAGGACCCACGUGCACGUGGAAGACAUGACAACACUGUACAUAGACGCGAUGAUAUAGAUGGAGCUAUUAGUUCAGGUUCAGAAGGAUUUUGUGAACCUGACAGACAUUUUCGAGAUUCAGAUUCUAGUUAUGAAAAUAAACUAUUACAUUCACGAAGCAAUUCUCUGGAUGAGGAACAUUCUACCUCAGAAUCACAACAGUCUGGUGAUGAGUAUCAAAUGUAUUUCUAUGAUACUAAAGCCAAGGCUGUGGAAUCAAAGAAGAAAAAUGAAGAACCAAAUUAUUUUGCUGGUAUCAAGAAGUAUGAAGACCUUCAAGAUAGCUCUAAUCUCAUUUAUAACCAAAAGAUUUUGUUUGCUAGAGCAGAAGCCCUUCAUGCUCAUGGUCAUACCAAAGAUGCUUGUUUAUUAGCUAAACAACUUGCUGAAGAGAUGUUGGCUAAUCCACCUGAUUUAUUAGCAGAAUCAGCUAAUGUACCAACUCCUAAAUCCAAAAAGAAGAAAGCUUUGAAUGGUAUAAGUCUAUUGGCUAGUGCUACACUGGCUAAAGCAGCUUUUCUGGUCAGUGUUUUAUCAGAAGAUACUGAAUGUCAUCAUCUUGCCUUUCAAGUUGGAAUGUUUGGUUUAGAUCUACCACGACCACCAGCAUCUUGCAAACCUUUAGAGGUAAAACUGGCCUAUCAAGAAUCAGAAUUGUUACAAAUGUUAAAGAAGAUACCACUAGGUUUAUUACAGUUAAAUAUAUUACGUCGACGUGGUGAAGAGUUAGUAGAGGGUAAAAUAACAACUAGAGGAGAAGCUCUAUUACCAUUACAUUUAGCUACCUUUAUAUUUGAUUCUUUAUUAAAGUUUUUUCCAUCAAUUGUUCAAAAAAGGAGAAAUGAGAAGAAUUGUUCACGGAUGAGCCCUGCUGAUGAAAAGCUAGGUUUUGAUGCCGCUGUCACAGCUUUAGGAUUAAAAGCAAAUGUAUCAGAAGCAGAACAUCCAUUGUUAUGCGAGAGUACAAGAAGACAAAGAGGAGAGUUAGCUAUGACAAUGUUGUUACUAUAUAAAGAUGAUCAAACUAGGCUUAGUAGGAUAAUGGAUAAGAUAUUAGAUAAAGAAAUACAUCAACAGUAUAAAGCACCAAGUUUAGUCACCUACCUGGUUAACAGACCAUCUACUAGUCAUACUAUUAGUUCUAGUCUCUCUAGUAAUACUACCACACCACGUGAUCAUCACCAUCAUCCUUCACCACAACCUUCAGCAUCUAAUCUGGAUACUUUAUUUCUACCAGAACGUUCUAGUCGACAAUCAAUGAAUGAUUCAAUCAAUAUUGAUGGUUUACCUCCACAUAACCUAUCAUUACCUGGUUCUAUCAGUGGUGGAGCACGACCUAAAACAACUUAUACUAUUACUGGUCGUUAUAAUAGAUUCAAAGGAAAGAAUCGUAUUAUGCCAACAAUACCUAAUCAACCAUCUGAAGCUUCAGCUCAUUUCAUGUUUGAAUUAGCUAAAACUAUAUUAACUAAAGCUGGUGGAAAUAGUUCAACAUCAUUAUUUACUCAACCCACCAGUAAUAGUAAUCCACCAGGACCUCAUCGUAAUCUACAUAUUUGUGCAUUCCAAAUAGGUUUAUAUGCUUUAGGAUUGAGUAAUUGUGUAUCACCAAAUUGGUUAUCCAGAACUUAUUCAUCACACGUAUCUUGGAUAACUGGUCAAGCUAUGGACAUCGGCAGUGUGGCUAUCAGAAUCUUGAUUGAUACAUGGGAAGGACAUUUAACCCCACCAGAAGUUGCCUCAUUAGCUGAUAGAGCUUCAAGAGGUCGAGAUCCUAAUAUGGUUCGUGCUGCUGCUGAAUUGGCUUUAUCCUGUCUGCCUCAUGCUCAUGCUCUCAAUCCUACUGAAGUUAGUCGAGCAUUAUUCCAGUGUAAAGAACAGAGUACUGAUAUGUUAGAGAGGGCUUGCCUUGCUGUAGAAACUGCUGCUAAAGGAGGUGGAGUCUUCCCAGAAGUUCUUUUUGAUGUUGGUAAACAUUGGUAUAAACUGUCUGAAGAUGUUGCAGCUAAUACUGAACCUAGUGAUAAUGCUGAUAAUUCAUCCCAUAAUGUUACUAGUCCACAACUCCUUCCACAAGCCAAUGGUCAAAUGGCUACACAGGCUGUUGUUCUUCCCUAUGCGAUCUCUCAGGCUGGACCCCAUCAUGGCCAGUUACCUCAUUCUUAUGUUCCACCAUAUAGUUACAUGCAACAAGUGCCUGCUCCUUUCUCACACCAAUAUACUCAGCAUCAUUUACCUAUACAUAGUAUCCAUCCUGCUUAUAUGGCCCCAUAUGCCUUCCAAAAUCCAACCCAGUUUGUGAAUAUGCAAAGCCUUCCAACUCAUCCAAUACCAUACCACUCUUCUAAUAAUCCAGCACAGUUUAACUAUGUGAUGGCUGCGUUUAGAGUUGGUAUGUCUGCUAUGGAGAUGUUAGCUAGAAGAGUACAUGAUGAUAGACCUCAAACUAAAUAUGCUAGAAAUCCACCCUAUGGUGAAGAUGUCAAAUGGUUACUGGGUAUUGCAAUGAAACUAGGAACAUAUUACAUACAACAGUUUUGUGCCAGUGCAGUGAAUGCUGUUGUUAGUCCCCAUAUAUUGUAUGAUUUAGCAUUGGAGGCUGCUAAAUUUAUGGCGAGAAAUAACAAUGCGUCUCAUCCAACCAAUCCAACACAUGUAUCUAAUCAACUACGUUCUAACAUUCUCAAUUCUCUCUUCCAAAAAUGUUUACAGAUGUUUAUGCAAUGUGCCCAUCAGAGAAUACAUCAUAUUACUCAAGCUGAUUAUGAUGAAUUUGUUUCUAUUGUAUGUCGAGCUCGUAAUGCCUUCUAUAUGGCUCCAGGUGGUAUGGUACAAUUUACAGAACUACUACAGAGUUUACGGCGCUCUAAAUCAUGUCGUAAAGAAUUAUGGCAACGCAUAGUCAAUGGUUUGGCAACCGGUAGUGUCUGACAACACUGGUAAAUAGUCUUUAUUGAUUUGUCUAAAAUUAAAUAUUAAAAUAGAUCAAAUAUUUUUGCAAUGAAUAAAAUUAAAAAUUAAUUAAAAAAAUGAUAAAAAAUAGUAAAAAUUGGUAGUAGACUAGUAAUAGAAUGAUAUACAAGAAACUAUAGUACUAUUGGUCAUGAGAACUAGUUCCAUACCUAAAUAAUACAUCAGUAAAUUAGUCAAUGUACAGUACUUAAAUGUAUUCAGUCAUGUUUGUUGAUAGAUUUGGAGAUAUGUGUUUUAUUUAUAAGUUUAUUUGGUCAAAUCUGUGUGCCAACAUUCUCUUGACAUUUUCCUAUAGGUUUGCUUGUUUUAUGUUAUAUUUUGUGUGUAUUUAAUGUUCAUAUUUAUAUCUUAUUGUUAUUCUGUUUUAUUUUUCUUUUAUGCAGUUAUAAUAUAAUAUUUUCUCUAACUUAAAGGUUUCAUUGUAGGCCUAUCAUGAAUUUUUUCUGGCAAUUGUAUACAACAAGAACUUCAAUAUAAUCCAACAAUGAUAAUUGUGGACUUGAGACAAUAUGAUAUUUAAAACCAGCAGUCUUUUUUAUUUUUUUAAGUAGAAUAUAGAGAAUGGAUAUGUAAGACAGAAUCCAUCUUUAUUGCUACCUAAAAUAAAGUGGACUGCUUGUUUUAAUGUUUUAAAUAGUCCUGGUUGUGAACAAAUAUCUGUUCUAGACUACAGUAUAUUAUAUAGGAACUUAGUCCUUGUAGAUUAAAAAUAGCUAAAAAUAAGUAAGAUAAAGUCUCAAAAAUGACAAAUUUGAAAUUCCGAAGAAUUAGAAAUUAAUCAUUAAUUGUGUAUAUUAUAAUUAUUGUCUGAUGUGGAUUAAAAAGAAAGGAAAUAACAUUUAACAUUUGGAAACUUCACUUUUGAAUUAAGGAGCUACUUCAGUGUCAGGAGUUACGCAAGUAGACAUUCACUUUAAAAUAACUGCAGGUUCAUCUGAUAUUGGAGAGACUUUUGCCAUUCUUAGGGAGGCUUCUGUUAUCACAUAGAAAUGGUUAAAUUAAAUCUUCUAAAAAUAAAUUAAUAUGUAUAUUUAAUAUCUUGUAAAUUAUAAUUCUGGUUGAAUGUGAAAAAAAUGAUGUGUAUUAGUUUUAUUAGUCAUAUAUUGACUAGAAUCCAUUAUUUAAAUUAUUAAGCAUACAAUUGUCAGGAUUUAGUGUAAAUGUUCUUGCUAAAAUUCAUUGAAAAUAUGUCAUCGAUUUCCAAGAGUAAAUAUAUCAUGUAGUUUUAUUUGGCUUGUUUUGCAGUGAAAUUUUAUCAACAUCGAACUCUUCACAUAGUGUAGUACAUUACAUCUGAGAACAUCAUGCUAUAUAAUCAAUUUUUAGAUAGUUAUACUAGAUUUGACAACAAUCUUUUACUACUCUCAUAGUUUCAACAACAAAUUUUGAAAGUUUUAUCUCAUCACUUUAGAUUGUUUGUUAUUUAUAUUGAAAUUUCGUCCGUUUAUCUCUUGUUGAAAUAACACUAAUCAGAAAUCAUC